AUGAGUGUAGUUCCUGAACAAGAUGAUCUGUUCAGUUUGCUUUCGCCUUCGCUCUUCUCAAUACACGAUGAGGGGAGUGAGGUGGAGAAAACAAUGUCACUCGCAAAUUUGGUGAAAGCGCUGCCCAACAAGGACCAAGAGGCUUGGCUUGACUUUAUAGUGGAGGCAGCAGGCGUUACUGAUGCCGUGGAUAUGACGGAGAGGAAACAGAAAGAGAUCCGUGACAAAGAAUCACGUGCGCCUGAUGGAACACCUCUUUACUUCACCAAGAAAAACGUCACCAAGAUUCUUGGCGACACUGAAAAACGAAAAAUUGAAACAUUCGAGGAGCUCGACAAGCUGUACACAAAAUCGCAGGUUCGUGCAGAAUAG